GAAGAGUAGUAUAUUCCAAAGAGGGAAAGUCCAACAUGGCGGCUAGGCGACCAAAAUUUGUCAGCGAACACAAACAAAAGUGAAUUUCUGCAGAAAAUAGUGGCUUGAUAUUGGAGAAGAGGUGUGACAUGACCUCAGCCAUGUCGGUCAGCGCGUACAUUGCAGUGGUUCGUCCCAAGGUCAAGACUUCCCUGUCGUCGUCGGAUUAUAAAGCCAAGUGGUACGAGAUCAUCCUGUUGGAGGACAGACUCGGAGAUCCACAGAGGACGGUGAAAGGUUUGUUACACAUGAGAAUAAGAGGAGGGGAAGACCCAAACAGACAGGUGCUGGAGUAUGUGUACGAUGCCACCAAGAAGUCUUCUUCUAAAAUGCAGGGACUCAGAGGAAAGCGAGCAGUACAGAUAGCCAGGUUUGCGGAGGAUGAGAUUGCAGGCAGAGACACCAGAAGUAACAAAAAGGCCUUCCUAUAUGUGGUGCCUGUUGCAACUAAAGAUCAGCUGAGCAUGCCGACGGACCCCUCCCAGCCCAGCUUCUGCUGCUUACAGGACAUCCUGAGGGUGUGCGCCGAAGGUCACGGUCACUUCCCCACCCUCACCUCCAGGAUGCUCAGGACGCUGGACCAUUGGCUGAAAGAGCAGCACUCGGUCCCCCAUGCAGUGGAGGCGCUCUUCAGACCCUCAGCGCUGGAGAGGAUAAAGAUGAACGUGCUGAACCCCGCGUACUCUCAUGGCUCCGAUCACCAUGGCGACCGAAUGGCCACACCCGAGGAGGCCAUGGCGAGGAUGAUGGAAGUGGAAAAGUGUGAUAUCGUCAUUAUUAACCCGGUGUUUGGGUCCGAUCUGAAGUAUACAAACCAGGUUGAUGCAUAUGUAGUGAACAAGUUCUAUGGACUGGGAACUCCUGACUACAGUAAACUCAAGGUCCCAGACAAAAGUGCAGACUCACCCCCAAGAAGAGAGAAGGCCUGGAUGGAGGAGUAUCCCCUCCACAGAGCCAUAUCUAUAGGUGACAUGGAGAAAGUGAAGGACCUUCUGGCCAAAGGUACUCCAGUACAGGAGCUGGACAAGGAAUCCUGGGGACCCAUCCACUACGCCUGCUGGUAUGGCCAGCUGGAGGCAGGGAUGAUCCUGUUGGAACAGGGCAAGUGUAACCCCAACCUGGUGAACAGGAACAAGAGCACACCUCUGCACAUCGCAGCCGGCUGUGGUCACCCUGCACUGGUGCAGCUCCUACUCAGACACCCAGAGAUAGACAGGAAUGCCAUGAACAAAGAAGGGCAAACUCCCUUGGACGUGUGUGAACAGAACAAGCAGAAUGAGUGGGAACAUGCAGCCACUCUGCUCAAGGAGGCACUCAACAAACCUUACCAGAAGAUCCGUGUUCACCUGAUGGACGGUUCCCACAAGGAGCUGAGUCUGAUCAGUGGUAACAACACCACGGUCGAGAUCAUGCUCAAUCAGCUCAACUUUCCGGACUCAUGCAAACAGCUCUUCGCCAUCUGGAUAGCCUCCAGAAACCUCUUUCUACAAAUGAAACCAGAACACAAGCCUCUGCACCACCUGAGAGACUGGGCAGAGAUUGUGGGUGAGCUGACGGACUGUAACCCGGAGGAUGAGACUCCGCUGCUGUACGUACGCAGAGAUGCGCGCUUACACAUGGAGGCAGAGAGAAAGGUGCAAGAUCCAAUGGCAAUCAAGAUGUUGUUUGACGAGGCUCGGACCAACAUGCUCCACGGGAUGUAUGCAUGUUCCGACGAGGACACCGUUGCCAUGGCAGGGAUAAUGAUGCAGAUUAUAUAUGGAGACCACGACACAAACAGGCACAAACCCGGCUUUCUCAAUGACCUGAACCUGAAGUUGCUUCUGCCCAGCCAUAAGCUGAGGAACAGGAAUAUGAACUGGGUGGAGGGGAUUCUGCUGGAGCACCAGCAGUUAACCCACCAGGGCAUGAAGGACAUUCAGACCUUGCAGUACCUGUACCUGCAGCGAUGUUGGAACUUCCCGACGUACGGCUGUGCCUUCUUCAGCGGACAGAUCAUGUCACGGCCGGUCAGCGGAAGCUCGCGACACAUCGUGUCUGUCCACGUGGGGGUUAACUGUCUCGGCAUUCACAUUUUAAAUGCUCAAACCAAGCAACUUCUGUACUCCUCUCGGUUCUCCAACCUGCAGUGGGAGUACUCCAUGGAGGGUGCGUAUUUCCAGCUGCGCACCAGGGACAACCAGAGCAUACGGGUUCACACUAAACAGGCUGCCCUGAUCUGUAAUUUGAUGACAAAGCUACACUCUAGAGGGUGAAAUCUGAUACCCUUUAAGCAGAACUAUCAAAUCAACAGUCUCGCUCAUCUUUCU